UCGAAUUUUUUUUUAAUAGGUCCUUGUUCGUUUCGUUGUCACCAAUGCCGCAAGACUUACAAGUAUCGAAGAAAUCUUUUGAAACAUAUUAAUUACGAGUGUGGAAUAGAACCGAAAUUCGCUUGUCCCUACUGUACAUACAAAGCCAAGCAGAAGAUUACGUUACGAUCACAUAUGAUUAACAGACAUGGAAACGAUUUAGUAAAGAUAUUUAUUUACAUUAUUUAUGUUGCAGGGGAAAGAAAUUACUACUGCGGUCAGUGUGGCAGGUCAUACAAAAGGGCUAAACAUUUGUACAGGCAUAGAAAAUUCGAAUGCGGCAAGGAACCAACUUUUGCUUGCGAAUUUCCCGGUUGCACUUUCAAAUGCAAAAGAAAGGACAAUUUGAAAUUGCAUCAAAAGACUCAUUGGUCUCCUGCAAAACGAAAUUUCGUGUGGAACAACUGCAUAAAGUUGCUGUAAAUAAUACUAUUUGUUUUCAUAAGUUAAGGAUAGGUUUAAAUUCAUAUAAUGUAGCCUAUAAAAUUAUCUUACUUUCGUGGUCGUUUUGAUUCAAGUACAUGUUAAUGGUAUGUAUGUACGUUAUGGACACUGCGGCCAAUUUUUGUAAACAGUUACUAAACUUUUAAAAAUAAAUCGGGUAAAGGAUUUAAUCAGUUUUGUCUAAUCUACGACAUUUUCUGUUUAUCACUGUCGUUAUUACAUUACCUUAUUAUUAUUAUUAUUGUUAAGUGUUACUGAUAAUUCGCAUAAAUUUAAGUUGUAAUCUUUUGUAGUUAUAGAUGCUGAAUUUAAAUAAAUAAUAAUAGAUAUCGUC